UUCCCUGACUCUCGGUGGCGGCAGCUCGGGGAGGCAGCUGCAUGUGCGUCUGCAUAUCAAUUGCCACAGGUAAAGACAGCUGCAUCGUCGGAUGUUGCCGACCCUGCAGGGGGGGGCGAGGGAGCCUUUGCUGCUGCGGCUGCAAGUUCUCAUCCGAGCUCCCGGAGCACAUUUCUAAUCAGCUCCAAGAAAGCGUCCUGGAGGGGAAAGAAGAGCACAGGAUCCCAGCAACCCGACCAACAAAUCACGAGCUGACUGAAAGAGCCCAGGCUUUCAGGGACUGAGGGGGGGGGCACCACUCAGAGAGCGAAGAGAGAGAAUCAGUGGGAUAUUUUUAUCACUGUAUCCACCAGUUUGCUUCUCUUUCACUUUUAUCUCUCUUUCCGUCUCUGUGGUCUUUCUUUUUUUUUUUUUUAAUUAUCCGCAUCCAUUCCCCGCCUCUCGUCCUCUGCCUCUCUCGUUGCAUCCCUCUGUGGCGGAAUGUUCUCUGGAAAUAGAUGAGAGGAGGCUUGGUGCAGUAUCAGCGGACCGGAUAGUGAGACAGCAGGGCGCUGAGCGGACGGUUUGGGAAAAUCGGAGCCGGCUGGAGAGGGAGCAGGAUCACGUCGCAGAUUUAUCCGCCCUGCGCGACAACACCCCUAAGUCUUUUUUUCAAUCAACCUCUCAGUCUUCGUCUGGGAAAAAUGGAUCGGCAACAAAAUUGGAUUCUACUGCUGAUAUUUUCAGUCUCAGUGGAAUAAAGAGUGCACGUACAGAAGGCAAAGAGUGAAAAGAAUAAUCAUACAGUUUAAAAAAAAAAGGAGAAGCUGAUUGAAAAGCAAGGGGCAACUGAGACAGCGGAUAAUCCAAGGAGAGUGUUUCGACAGACGCAUAAACAGCAGAUCUAUCCGUCUCCUUUAGUUACGAAAGAGACCGAUUUUUGGGUCUGAGGGACGCUGACUCGGCUAAAGCUGUUGGAACAGGCUGCAUCGGACAACGUCUUUCAUUUAUUCUUGAUCCGCCACGGGGUGGGGAGGCAACAAGACCCUCCCUGCAAGUUUCACUCCCUUCCUCAGAGGAUACCGUCCCAUCGUGGAUCGCGCUUCGUUGGGACGCAUUUGAGAAGAAAUAGCCGCUCUUUGUUUUUUCUGCAGUGAGAUCGGAACGUCGAUGCCACGGAUUUCUCACGCGCACGGAUGUAAAGCUGUUCCUACCCACCCUCCUCUCCUCUCCUCUCUUCUCCCUGUUAGACGCAUCACUUCUUCAUCUUCCCUCCCGGCUUAUCCUGCUGUGAACGUUUUUUUUUUUUUUUUUAAAGUUCAAAUUUGGAUAUCGGGUGUUAGGCGGGACUAAACACGGACUCAUCGGUCGAUAAUCGCUCCACGCCAGCUCUCCCGUUCCUCACUGCUGUCUCUGAGUGUGCGUGCUUGUGUGUUUGUGAAAGGGUGUGUGUGCAUGUAUCUCCUGCACCCCUCCCCUUCUCUUUAUCCUCGGAUUACAUAUUUUUGUGCGUGUUCUUAAGUGUCCGAUUCCUGUGAAGUCUUUUUUGUGUCCAUUCGUUCGCCUUUUUUUUUCCGUUGCCUCUUCUCUUCUCCUGUCCGGCACCGCUGGGAACCUUUCCGCCAUGUGCCGCCGAUCCUUAUCGCAGGGUUAACCCUCAAUGAGCCAUAAAGGACGGCGGGGAAGGAUGAGCGAGUGUUCUGGAGCAGCUGUUUCCGGGGCGGUGAUCCUGGAGGAACCCGAGGGUUCGGGGCCCUCAGGGGGCCGCGUUGAAGGCCAGGCCCAGGAUCAAGGUCCCCUUCGCUGUGCGGUCUGGCCUCGCCAGCAGACAUGGCUGUGUGUGGUACCCUUACUUAUCGGCUUCAUUGGCCUGGGAUUGAGCCUCAUGCUGCUGAAAUGGAUUGUUGUUGGCACAGUGCGGGAUUACGUGCCAACAGACUUGGUGGAUGCUAAUCGAAUAGGCCAGGAUCCUAUUUUCCUAUCCAAGCCCAGCGGGAUUCCUAAAAGUCCCGAUACUACCACCACGACAACCACGCCUACAGUCGAUGGCGGGAAGCCCACACCUAGAACUGUAACUAUCGCCAAGGGUAGAACUCGAUCGACGGCUACUACCACGACCGUGAACCCUGGAGAGGGCGGAGCCUCGGGUAGCCAAGUGACCCCACGGAAUCGAAAUGGGCGCGGACCCUCGGGUUUUACUACGACCACCGCCCCCCGACGGACGACUUUCGGGAUUGGAACGGCGACAGCUAGCCUCUCUCCUUCCAACCCAACCGUGCUCCACGACUCCACGCAGAUGUGGACCCUGGAACACACUUCCACUGAGACGGUCUCCACCACGCUCACCGCCCGCACGCAUGGCCACCGCAAAACACCGUCUCCGACUGUCCCUCCGCUGCACUCGGAGCACUUCAAACCCUGCCACGAGAAGGACCUGGCCUACUGCCUGAACGCCGGCGAAUGCUUCGUCAUCGAGACGCUCAGCGGGCCUCACAAGCACUGCAAGUGUCGAGAAGGCUACCAAGGAAUCCGCUGUGACCAGUUCCUGCCAAAGACCGACUCCAUCCUGUCCGACCCAAAUCACUUGGGCAUCGAGUUUAUGGAGAGCAAGGACGUGUACAAGAGGCAGGUGCUGUCCAUCACAUCCAUCGCCGUGGCGAUCAGCCUCCUGGGGACCCUGUGCGUGGCCCUCUACUGCGGCAACAAGAGGCGCAGGGAGAAGCUGCAGGCCCACCUGAAGGAGAGCCGCAGUCUGAAGAACUACAGCGCUAAUUCCCAAAAUGCCCUGGAAGCCAAGAUAAGGGUCCCUAACUCCAACCUGCAGAUGCACGAGUUCUGCAAGCGCUCCUCUCAGUCCCGCCAGGGCGGCUUAUGCGGGUCCGGCUUUGCACACUGCAACGUCUCCACCGCGCCCUCCAGCGGCUCCAGGAGGCCGGCCAAGCAUCCCAGCCCGGAUCAGAGAACCCGGGUGGCCCAUUGGUCAGCCCCACGCGUGACCCCGCCUGCAUCCAGGGGCAAGCUGAACCCGAUUGGAGGAUCCAAGUAUUCGGGCCACGCCUACCAACACCUGCAGGAAAUGGACUCAUGCGAGCGGGACGCUGAAGCACAAAGAGGGUGCAGAAUUAACGCGGAGGACCGGCCCGACGACCCCAGACGAGACGCCAUCCUGCACGGGGGCCGCCGCCCGCUCCAGUCCCCGCCCGCUCCGUUCCGCUCCUGCUCCAUCCCCAUCAUCCCCUCCGUGCAGUGUCACCAUGACAACGAGGCGUCGUGUAUGCAAACCUGCGUCGCGGCGGCGGCGCCCCCCUGCGGGGGGGCCGGGAGGGAGCGGGCGGCGUUGCCCUCCACCUCUUGCUCCUCCGCCGCCGGCCAGCCGCGGGACGAGGUGGCGCUGCUGCUGGAGGAGGCGCAGGAGCAGCUCAGGGCGCUGGCGUUGGCCCACAGGAAGCAGGACGAAGGCGGGAUCGGCGGCGGCGGCGGAGCGACCGGCGCCGCGGAGGCCAGAGAAACUGUUUGCUUCCUGAACCUUAGCGGAGGAGGCGCCGGGGCGCCGAGCUGUAACGGACCCACGCAGACCCAGUUGCUCGGCGCCGGCCUAUCGCACAGAGACCUGGGCCCGAGCAGCCAGUGAGAGGACACCAUGUGGGACAUUCGACGUGGGGGGGGGGGGGGGGCGUGGAUGCACCAAUGGAAGUGCGGGGUUGACAAAAAAUACAAAUACAAAUUGAAAGAAAUGUAACGUCUUGGACAUUUUGAAAAAUGUGCUGAUGGAAUCCUGUUUGGAUACAAACUCUUGUGUGUGUGGCGACUUUACACCAACGGAAACAAAAAAAAAGAUUACGUGCAUUUAUUUACAAGAGAAACACUUCUACUUAGGCAAAAAGAAACCAAAUAGUCUGUCAACUCCAUGGUGUUUUCCAUUGUAAAAAGAAUAUAUAAAUAUAUAUAUAUAUAUAAAUAUAUAUGGAUAUAAAUAUAUGGAAUUCAAAAAGUGACCAAGUACAAAGUUGACGGUACAAAGAACACGGGAAUGAUGUAACCAUUUUUAUUUAGUUUGGCGCUUUUUUCUUUCUUCUUCUCCCUGUUUUGUAUCAACUCUUCAGUUCUGAACAAAUGAACGUCAUUAACGUCUCGCCACAUGAGGCGCGGGGGCGGUUUCGGGAGAGGAGCCCCCCCC